AUGGGGAGGAUAGUGUCGCUUGAAAAAGGUAUUACAAAGGGUUUUUGGGCUGAACCUGUAAGUACUGCAGUAUACAUCAUCAAUAGGGUUCUUCUAAGACCUAAUUCAACUAAGGCUCUUUUUGAAUUAUGGUAUAAAAGGCUUGCAAUAGUUCACUACUUCAAGGUCUUUGGUAGCAAAUGUUAUCUACUAAACCACAUUGAUAGCUUAAGGAAUUUGAUUCAAAGGCAGAUGAAGCACUGUGGUGUAUGUGUAUACUUUAGUGUGCAUAGUGACAAAUCUGCUGAGGUGGCCUUCUAUGAUUGGCUCUUGCUCUUGGAAAUAUCUGCAUUGUACUAUGUCAAUGAUUGGCUUGAGGUGAUAGGUGUAACCUGUAGGUGUAUGAAGGGAAUUGUGGUUCUUAGUCCUGAAAAUUCCUCUAAAGCUGAUAAAAUUGCUGUGGCUAAUGAUGGUAAAGCCAAACAUGUCCUUUACUGUGCUCUAACGCAACAAGAGUUCACUAGAGUCAAGAAUUGCAAGUCAGCUAAAGAAAUGUGGGACUCUCUUCAGGCUGCCCAUAAAGGAAGCUCUGUCAUCAAAGAAAACAAGAUUCAGCUCUACAAAGUUCAAUAUGAAGCUUGUAAGAUGGAGGAAAGGGAAACUAUAGCUGAGUAUUUGUUUAGGAUUAAUGACAUUGUCAACAAUAUGAAAUCCCUUGGUGAAGACAUUAAAGACUCAGAUGUUUGCAAGAAAAUUCUCAGAGAAGCUGCACUUAAAGUUAAAGAAGUUACUGAAGAAUCUGAUCCAAAGUCUGAGGAAGAUGAUCUUGAAGAGGAUGAAGUGGCCAAUCUGUCAAAGAAGUUCAAGAAAUUCAGAUUUAAGAAGAGAAGUCAAUCUCAAAAUCUAACCUGUUAUGGAUGUGGCAAGCCUGGUCAUUAUGUCUCAAGUUGUCCAACUUCAAAAGGGCAAAAUCAGAAGACGAAAGAAGGUGGUAACCUCAAGGGAAGAUUUGGAAGAAAGGCUUUCUUCUCAGAUUGGGAUUCUGUUUCUAAAGAAGACAAACCUGAGGAAUCAAAAAAAGUUGAGUGUUUGUUUAUGGCUACUCUUGAAACAGCACAGAAAGCAACUGAAGUUGAAGAAGAUAGUGAAGACAGUGACUCAGAGAUUGAAGAAAUACUUGACGAAUGUGAGAGACUUACUAUGAAAUGCAACCAACAAAAGUCUCAGUUAAAAGCUCUUAGCUCUGAGUUGCAAAAAUCCAAACAGCUUCUUGUUAAACAUUUCAAACUUAAGCUGUCUACCUUAUGUUCAAUUUCUCUUAUCCUCUUAAGUCUAAAGAAGUCUCAAUCCAACACUAAAUGGUCAACCAAGAGAUACAGAGAAGAACUUUCACUAAUUCUUGAAGAAAGGUCUUUGAAAAUGGCUGAGAUUUGGAAGCAAUCCACAAAGCAAAUUGGGAAGACUGGAAUUGGUUACAUCUAUGACACUGUAACUAAAGUAAAACAAAAUCACACUGUGUUUGUUAAGGCAUCUUCAGGAGAAGUGUAUGCAAGAUUUCCAAUCAUAAAAUCCUCAAGAAUAAAGCAUGAUUCAUUUGACAACUCCUACAGCAAGUCAAGGUUAAAUGAAAGUGAUUUUAUUACAUCAACUUUCAAGAAUUACAAAGUUACCAAAGUGCAUGUAAAGAAGUCAAACAUAAUUCAACUUCAGAAAGUUAAGGAUAACAAAUCUCUUGUGAAGUCUAAGAUGAUGUGGAUACCAAAGAGAAUGAAUGUUGUAAGUAUGUUGGUGUAUACUGCUUUCAAAGCUGGUAACUUAAAUGACAAAUGGUAUGUUAACAGUGGUUGCUCGAGACACAUGACAGGUGAUGGUUCCAAGUUUGUUUCACUUAAGAACUUUUAUGGAGGAAAUGUCAUCUUUGGAGAUAAUCAAAAGGCUAAGAUUAUUGGUAUUGGCACUGUGAGUCAGUCUAAUGAACUACCUGAGAUCAAAGAGGUAUUACUUGUUGAAGGCCUCAAACAUAAUCUUCUAAGUGUUAGCGAACUAUGUGACAAUGGGAAGAAAGUCUGUUUUGAUAAAGAAAGAUGCAAUGUGGUUGAUACUGAAUCUGAAAAAAUCCUAUUCUCAGCCUGCAGAUCCUCUGGAAAUGUGUACACAGUCUCAGAAGAAGCUACUUACUGCAAUUUGACCUCUCUAAAUGAAGCUAUACUAUGGCACAAGAGACUAGGUCAUCUUCAUUUUAAGAAUCUAAUCAAAAUCCUGAAAUUGAAAGCUGUGAAAGGUCUACCUGAUUUAAAUUUCAGUGACAAUCAUCUAUGCAAAGCAUGUCAGCAAGGCAAACAAACUAAAGUAGCAUUCCCUUCCAAAGAAAUCAACACAUCUAGCGCUCUUGAUCUGAUACAUAUGGAUCUCUGUGGUCCUACCAGAACUACAAGCAUUGGUGGAAGUAAGUACUUUAUGCUGCUCAUUGAUGAUUUCAGUAGAAUGGUGUGGGUUUACUUUCUGAAAGAAAAGUCUGAGGCUAUAACACACUUCAUUAAGUUUGUAAAUUGA